AUGAACAUUUUUUGUAUGGCAUGUCCCUCAGCGCUCCCCGUCACGGCGCCGCUUUUUUUCAUCGCCGCGGAGCGUUUCCUCCCGAACGACGUCAACCCCGCGGGGGCGAUAUACGGCGCCGCGUGCGGCGCGUUGGGCGCCGUCGCGCUCUACGCCGCCUGGCCGACGCUCAUUGGCCCGGACGCGCCGAGAGCGGCGGUGCGAGCGAUGACGGCGGCGCUCACGAUCGUCGCCUUCGCGCAGUCCAUCACUUGGAUGGACGUCGUCGCCGGCGAGAUCGUCGCCCUCCUCGCCGCGGUCGGGACGAUCAACGGUCUAUCCGAGAGCCUCCUCGGCGCGACCGUCCUCGCGUGGGGAAUAUCUAUAGGCGAUCUAGUCAGCAACGUCACCGUGGCGAAGGAGGGGCACCCGAGGAUGGCCGUCGCCGCGUGCGUCGGAGGGCCGAUGUUUAACGUUCUCGUGGGUCUGUCCCUCGGGAUGUUCUCGAACGUCUCGAAGAGCGGGCGUCCGCUGCGGCACUUCAAGCUGCACAACGACGUCAUCGUGCUCGUGGCGUCGCUGUUGAUCGCGCUCGUCUAUUUGUUCUUGAGCGUGGUCGUGGUCAACAGAGGUCGAAUCACGCGAGCGACGGCGCUGGGGGUUUUAUUUUUCUACGCCGGAACGCAAGCGGUGUACGUGCUCACGUCCAUGGACAUGAUAUUCAAGACGCCGUGGCUGCGUUAGGGUCGGUUCCGCCGGAAUGCGGUAGUAGACGGCACGAGGUGCGCGGUCGGUAUUUAAUUAGUCACACGUAUUGUCGUAGAACAGAGAAGAGAAUAACUU